AUGUUAUGGCGCGUCUUUCAAGGUUGUGGUCAUUCAUUCCACAUUCAGUGCACUCUUCCCGAUAUUAGUGUCUGCCAGAUUUGUAAAAAUCUCUUGACAACGAAGGUUUCUUCACUUGGCAAAACGGCAAACGAAGCAGUCCACCAUUUCGAUCCAAGUGCUGUUCAAGAAUCGGUUGCAAACUCGAGCGACGAAGACGAAGACAGGGAUAAUAGUGAGAUGCAAGAUCAAGAUGCAGACGACGAAGAACUUAUCGAAACGACGAACACACAAACUGUCCUUGAGGUGAAUGUGAAUGCUUGGCGAAGGUUCGAGGGACCACAAUCGUAAUGUUUGGUAAGUUAUUCGCUUUCUUUUACAAAAUAAAGUCGAGAAUAAUCUGCUCUUAGAUACGGCGCCGUCCAUGCCCAUGGUCAUGUUGUUCAGCAAGAAAUGACAUGUCAAUGAUUUCAUAUGUCAAGUAUUUGUCCCUGCCCGGAAACGGGCCGUAUAUUUGUAAACAGGAUAUUAAUAAAUUAUGUUUAAGCGCUUUUUAAACGUAACUUUUAUAUAACUCGCUUUUAGUGAUACAAUAAUUCGUUCAUGGUUUUGUAAAUCGAAGUGCAUUAAUAUUUAAGCUUGUGCACGGCAAAGUUUGAAGGUCGAUAACUUCGUAACAACGCCAUAAAUAAAAAAUCGCCACGAGGAAUUUGAAGAGAAAUCUUACAAGUACAACAUAUAUAAAUUUCAUGGAAAAAUAUUAAAAAUCCUCUUGCAGAGUAGCUUGAAAGUGACCACCUAUGUUCACCUAUGUAUUUUCUAUAAAAAUCGCGAUUCACGCGAUCUGAUUGGCUUAGAGCUAAAAUGUAAACAAAUGCGCUGAUUGGUCGAAAACGAAAUUCCCCCUUGUUGGGUGGGCACAUUUCUUUCAGCUUUACAGCUGCAUCUUUCAGGUCCGCUUUGCUAUUCAAUUUGAAUGUCUCAUAUAUUUCUUGUAUAUAUGCUGAAAGAAGAGGUGUGAUGUAAUAAAUAAAUGAAAGGGACACGAUUGCUAUGUGCACAUAAACAAAAACUUACCAAAGUUCUGUGCAACUCUAACAUUCCGAACUGUUGCCUCACCAUUCUUGAAUUUUGGAUAGCUGAUCUUCACUAUUUCAGAAUCAUCUGAAUAGUUUCUUUUCAUUUCUCUUCAGAGGUUGAAAUUAAAAUGA